GUCUAAAGUGCAGCUGGGGACUUAGAAGAGGCGGCGGUAUCAAAAUGGCGGCCGUGACCUGCGCGCCGACUGUGUCGGUGCCUGCACCCACAACUGCCCUUUUGGGAUUCUUGGCUUGGCACUGUUUUAUCUGAUUGUUUGUUUGUCCUGAUAACCAGGGUAGAAUUUGUUUUGAGCCAGAUGGUGUUUCUGCAAACUCCGAAACAAGAAGAAACAAACACUUUAGUGCUGAGUUGGCAGAAAAGAAUGAGAGGAUUAGGGUGUGGUGCUCCUCAAGAGGUCUGAAUAUGACUUUAGCCAUUCCCUAUUCCUUCUGCCGUUGCUGCCGGUUAUGUCGAAGAGCCAGGCAUAGAGCAUUUUCUACCGUAUUCUACAACUGGUCACCAGCCAGGAACAGCAGCUACUAUGACCUACUGGGGAUCAAACAGGAUGCAAACUUGCAGGAGAUCAAGCAGGCCUUCUUCAGCAAGUCAAAGAAGCUCCACCCGGACAGCGACCCAGCGAACCCCGACCUGCACAGCCAGUUUGUGAAGCUCAAUGAGGCUUACCAGGUGCUGAGCAACGAGAGCAGGAGGAGGAUCUACGACAGCUUCCAAACGGCCCCAGGAGCCCGGCCGGCCCCAGGCAGCCACCACGGCAGCAAUUCCAAGAGGAGCCCUUUUGGUUUUGCUGAGUUUGGGAAAAGGAGCGCUCCAGAGCCCGACGAGAACCUCCGGUACUGGCAGCAGUUCCAGCAGGCCCCUUCCGAGCCGUUCUCGGGUCCCGAGGUCAAAAGGAAGCAUCGCCAAAACAGACGGCUCUUCGGCUACUGUAUACUCCUCAUGGUGGGCAGCCUGGUUGUCCACUACAUUGGAUUCAGGAAGCUGGAGGACCUUCACAACAGCUUUAUGGACGAGAAAGAUCGGGCCAUAACCCAGAUAUAUAAUGAAAACAAGGAGCGGGCCAGGUCCCUCGGCCUCCAGAGGCAGCAGGAGCUGCUGCAGCAGAAGCAUGCCGAAUUCGCCCGGCGGCACCAGCUCCUCUCUCGAGAGCUUCCCAGAGGAGCCUUGGACUCUGGGAAGGACCAGCCUCCCCCCACCUCCACCGCCAAAUAAAACAAAAGAACGCACACUGAGCUGUAGCCGAAAUCCUCAUGCCCAGAUUCCUGCCUUCGCCCGUUGCUGGCUGCUAAGGAGAGGAAGAGGAACAUCUCUGUGGGCUGAGCCGCCACCGUCACUGCCGCUUCCCCCACUGACCUUUCUUUCCAAUAGAAAAAUCUCCCUGCUGCAGUGCAAACAGGGCCUCUGGCGUUGCUUUCCUUGACCCACCUCGGUUGUCACAGAAACACUCCUCCCUCCUCUCCGGCUUCCAGGUUCAAUCCACGGGAUCUCCAGGUAGGGCUGGGGAAAAGGCUCCCUGCCCAAACCCAUGGAGAGCUGCUGCCACUUCAUAUAGACAAUAAUGAGCUCAGCGGUUAGUGCAUCUGCUUUGCACGCAGAAGGCCCCAGGUUCAAUCCCCAAUGGCAUCUCUGGGUAGGGCCGGGAGACAGACUGCCUGCAAGAAAUCCCGGGAGGGCUGCUGCCAGUCAGGGUGGACAGUACUGAGCUAGAUGGACCCAAUGGUCUGACUCGGUAGAAGACGGCUUCCUAUGUUUCUCUGCCUCGGAGUUGGGUUGAAGGCAGGGCCUAGGUGCUGAGAUUGGCAAUGGCUUUCUUCCCCCUGGUUCUCAGUCUAGGGCAGGUGUGGGGCACCUUUGGCCCUCCAGAUGUAGCUGAAGUACCAUUCCCACCAUCCUGGCCAUUGGCCAUGCUUGCUGGGGCUGAUGGGAGUUGUAGAUCAGCAACAUCCGGAGGGCCAAAUGUUCCCUAUGCCUUAUUGUAGCCUUUCCCAACCUUUGGGUCCCCAGAUGUUGCUGGACUACAGUUCCCAUAAUUCCUGGCCAUUGGCCAUGCUGUCUAGGGCUGAUGGGAGUUGUAGUCCGGCCACAUCUGGGGACCCAAAGGUUGGGAAAGGCUGGUCUAGAGUAUCCUCCCUCACGGACUCCUAGAGGAAUGAACACACAGGGUUGUCUUCAACUAACUCCUGUUCAGAGUAGACCCAUUGCAAUUAAUGGGCCUAAGUGGCUCAUGUCCAAUAACUUCAGUGGGUCUACUCUGAGCAGGACUAGCUCUGAAUGCCACCUACAGAGUGUUUCAACUGCCGGACCUGGCCAGCUCUGUUCCUCAGGCCCAGUGGGGUUCCAGGUUCCAUCAACUAGCACAGCUGGACCCAUGUCACCUCCCGGCUCAUGUGCUGGGGGCAGCUUUCCCUUGCCCUCCAGCUCAGUAUAGCAGGCUGUCCUGGAGCAAGGGAAGCGGCAGCCUUGAUGUGGGCCACACAUACAAACCGAUGGAGAGGGUUAGCGGCCAGGAUCUUGUUGUCCUGGACCCCAGUAGGGAUGGGUGAGAGUUUUGAUUCAGUUCGCAUUUCAAGCACAAUUUAUCAAAUUCGCACUUUCCAAAACAAUAUGAGAACUGAAACACAGCCAUCCUUUAAAAUUCGCAUUUAUUCAGUUUGCCAACUAAACAACAUUUACAAAUAAUGUAUGUAUUAGGGGAAAGUGUGCCUAAAUAUGAAUAUAUGAGUGAAAAUAACAGGCAAAAAGGCAUGAUGUGAUGAGAAAUGGCUUGCAAAAAAUGUGUACCUUUUUCAAAACUGCCCACAAAAAUGUGUUUAUUUGGAGAAAUUUGCACUGAAAUGGUGGAGAAUUUUCAUGAGGAUUUAAAAAAAAUUUUUUUUGCAGAUUGCUGCAGAAAUGUCAAGAACUGAAUUUAACAUUGAAAAAACGAGAAAUGUAGAGAACUGAAACUGACAUACCUUUCCAUCCCUAGCCCCCAGGCAGCCAAACCCCACGCUCCUCUAAUUCCUCUCACCUUGCUUCCAUGUGCUGUCUGAAGUGGUGCUCCUCAAACAUGAGAGGUUUUAAAAGCUGGUAAGAGCAAGAAUUAAAUGCACGCCCGUCUGAGUUACACAUUUAAAACGUUCUUAUAUGUCUUUAAACAGUCACAGCUUUCCCCGCCCCCUAGGAAUUCUGGGAACUGUAGUCUGUAAAGGGUACUGAGAGUUGUUAGUAGGCGCCCUCCCUUCCCCUCACGGAGCUACAAUUCCCAGAGUUCCCUGGGAAAUUGACUGUUAAAAGCACUCUGAGCUCUUUGAGGGGAAUAAUGGGCUCUCCUAACAACUCUCAGCACCCUUAACAAAGUACGGUUUCCAGGAUUCAUGAUGUUUAAACUGCUUUAAAUGUACACAGUAAUACCUCAGUCAACAAAGUAGAUGCGUGCCUGGACGUUACUUCUUUAACAGAAACUUUGGUACCAGAGGUAGGAAAAACAUGGGAAGAAUAGGGAUAAAUAGGGAUAGGUUCCUACAUCCGCUCGCAGAUGGUGGGGGCAGCUUCAAUAGGGGCUUUAAAGGGUGCCUACCUGGCACCCACCCACUCCCCUCCUCCUCUGAAUCGUACUGGAUCCUUCCCUCCACAGCCCUGGGAAAGAUCUCUUCUAAUGCAAAGCAAACACACAGGCUUGUCUGUCUCACCCUAGCAAGCAAAGGCACAGACAUAUUAGUUUAUUGAUAGCAAAGCAAAGACACAGGCUGGUCAGUUUCACCUUAAAGCAAAGGCACAGGCUUGUCAGUCCAUCCCUGGCUAAGCAAAGACACAGGCGGGUCAGAUUCACCUUUUAAAAAGCCUUUGUUAAAAGGAGCUUCCCUCCUGGAGGAUUUGUUAACUGAGAUAUUACUUUACCGAAAAUGCAGCCUCAGAGUAGCUCACCCGCUCCCCUCUUUUUCUGCAUGGUCCCUGUUCUGAGCAUGAUUGGUGCCCGUGACUCAGGCAGAGAUGAAACAGGCAGCUUCUUCUGAAGGCUAGGAAUUCUGUUGUUCCACAAUGGAAGUCAUCCAAUCACACAUCCAAUCAUAAAGGCAUGGCAGAAUUUCUUGCCCACACCCCAGGCAGUGGUUGAUCGGCAGAAGGCCCAGACCAGUAGAUCAUGCAGAGAUGCCAUGGGCAGCAUCCUCAGUUUGGGGCUUAAUGACAUCAUUAAUUUAAGUAAACACUUUGCACCAGGGCCAAAAUAAAAGGGGACACCUGGAAAAGCAGAAAGAUGGCACAAUCCCUCCAACUCUUCACCCCCCCCCCGUGGAAGAAACUGGAAUCUGUGAAACAUGGGCUGGAUGGAUGGUGCCUCCCCCACUCUGUCCCCCCGUGGAGCCUGUUUUCUUCAGCAAAUGGGGGGGAGGAAGGGGAAUGAACCUUUGGAGGUAGCUAAGAAUGACGCGCACGGAGGAUUAGCAAGACCACGGCUUGCAACGUGAACUAUGUGUGAAAUGCUGAUUUAAUUUUGUGUGCACGGGCCUGAGCCACGGCUCCUGCUUGCAGCAGGGAGGAGGGGCCAAGGAAGAGGGGAGCAGGCCCCAGCCACCUUUCUGCACCUGGGAGGACCUGUGUGUAGGGAUAGGGUUCGUUAUCUUAUUCUCUUUGUUUUUCAAUUCAUCGAAUGGGCUGCCAGUUCCUAUUUGCCAUAAACUGAGUUCCACUAGUUAUCACAAUCCCUGGCUCCCCCUUUUUUGUUAUUUUUUCUGAAAAAGUGUAUAAUUUCCUGUUCCUUUUUUGUUGUUAUAUGCCUUCAAGUCGAUUACGACUUAUGGCGACCCUAUGAAUCGUUUUGGAUGUAUUCAUAGGGUUUUCAUGGUAAGAGGUAUUCAGAGGUGGUUCACCAUUGCCUUCCUCUAAGCCUACGGCAGCCGGUAUUCCCGGGCGGUCUCCCACCCAAGUACUAACCAGGCCUGACCCUGCUUAGCUUCUGAGAUCAGGCGUGUUCAGGGUAGCAUGGCCGUAGUUCUGUUAUUCCUUACGUUGCUGUAUGUUUAUAUAAUGUAUACAGCAGCAGCAGAUUGCAAAAAUAAUUACAUAAAUAAUUUCAUAAUUCCCGCCACAGAUUUUUUUAAAAAAAAUACCGCUUUGCUAACAGCUGAGAACGUAUGCGAAGAGUGGGAGCCUGUUCAAUGACGAGACAAACUUGCAGAUCAUCCCAGCAUCCAAUACCAAAUCUGAUUUCGCAAAUAUUCUACACCAUCCCUACCUGUGUGUAUACGUGUCUACGCAAACGAUGCAGGAACGUAUGGAAUCCGGUCACACAAAAAGCAUAAAAAGAGAAAGAAAACAGGACAGAUCUGUUGAUUUUAAGAAGAGUCCUGCAAGAUCAGACCCAAGGACCAUCUAGUCUAGUUUGUUCAGCAGGUUCAAGGAGUCCUUGGCUCAAGGAGGUAGGCGGGGGAAAUAUGUGGUAUAGGCCUCAUGGGACCGUACAACCUCUGAACGGAUGUGGGGAGUGGCUUCUUUCAAUGCUUACAUACACACAUCAGAUUUUUUUGCAUAUGGCAAGGCUAGCAUGUUCACAUAGGGAAAAGGCGGAGCUGGACUUCCGGGAAGGGUGACUUCGCUUGUGCCUGCUUUUGAGACGGGCUCCCGCCUCAAAAGAAGCUUAUUCAGAUAUAAAUCAGUCAGAACAUUUUUUUUUCAAUUAAUUUUUAUUCCAAUUUUCAAAACCAAAACAAUACAAAAAGAAAACAACACAAAUCAAUAACUAGUACAAUACAAAAAGAAAAAUAUAUAUAUAUAUAAAAAAGAAAGAAUAUUGACUUCCGAUUUGUCAU